AUGCAGUUCUCAAUCCUCCUCCUUAUCAGCAGCCUGCUGGUCGGUUCGCUCGCAGCGCCGUUUGCCAACUUCACAAGCAUUGCCACCAUCGAAAACACGACGAUCGCAGACAGCAGCUCGACUGUUCUCGACGAGGCAUCGACAAAGCCGAUUGUGAUCCCUGUCAUCACUCCGCCCGACUUGAACCUGACCGAGCCGAUCUUGAUCAAGCGGGACGUUGUUGCUCCGCUUGAGGACGAGACGGUGGCAAGCGUCAAGGCGACUGUCGCAAACAACGAAUCAGUCAAGCCGAUUGUGAUUCCGGUCAUCACCCCGCCUGGUCUGAACCUGACCGGCCCGGCUUUGAGCAAGCGGGCAGUCAACGAUACUCUUUUCUACUCCGACGUGAAGAAGCGCGAGGUCGGACCGGAGCUCAACGAGACUACGGUCGCGUACCUGAGAAGACGCGCGGUCGAGGGUGGUGUCAAACUGUCCUGGAACGUGACAUCGAGUGCUGUUUAA